AAGUUACAGAAAAUAAAUGCUCAGCCCGGGUGACUUAAGAGAACUCAGUGAUUGUUUCAUGAUACAUGGAUAGGGAAAUGAUAUGGAUGACAGCUCAUGAUUCUCCUGCAUUUCUCCACCGUCGAUCAAAGUCAGCUAGGCGCAAGGGGAGACACAGCAUUCUUCGAUCUUCGCUCCCGUAGCCCAACAGAUGUUCUCCCGUACACCUGUUAACGUAAACAUCAUCUCGCUCAUCAUCCCUAGUCACCAUGGUUAUGAAUAGAACUGAUGCCAUCUCCUCGCCCACAAUCUACGGACGUAUAGAAAGAUGGCGGGCCUUUCUCAAACGUCGUAGGAAGUUGAAAAGGGAUAGUUGUUCUUAUCUUGCUGCUACUUGUGCCUUACUGCUACCAAUACUUGUUUUUAUUUCUCUGUUCAAUAAUCAUAUCUUCAUCCCAACUCGGUAUGAUGAGGAUGUGAUUAAGCGGUCGUUGCGAUCAGAUACGGAAGAUAGAGGUUAUGACGGGAGUUCGAUCCAUGAUGAUCAACCCUACCAUAACCCUGAUGAUAAAAUUAACUGUACUGAGAGGAGCAUCAUUAACUUCCCUCUUCAUCUCUUCAAUCGAGAGCAACGACGCCAUGGAGCCGUCAUCAUCCACGUCAUCGUCAUGGCUUACAUGUUCGCCUCUCUCGGCAUCGUUUGCGAAGAAUAUUUCAUGCCUGCCUUAGAAGUUAUCUGCGAAGUCUUGAAUUUAUCGGAAGAUGUGGCAGGGGCAACUUUCAUGGCGAUUGGGGGAUCUGCUCCGGAAUUAUUUUCAAGCCUUAUUGCUGUGUUUAUUACCCACGAUGAUAUCGGGGUAGGAACGAUAGUUGGAUCGGCUGUUUUUAAUAUCCUCUGUGUGAUUGGACUGUGUGGAUUAUUAGCUGGACAGGUUAUUUACUUGACCUGUUGGCCUUUACUUCGUGAUUGCAGCUGCUACAUUGUAUCUAUUAUUGCGCUCGUUUUCGUAGUAAAGGAUGGCCAGGUUUCGUGGAAAGACUCGUUGAUUCUCCUCGCCUUAUACAUGUCAUACUGCAUUCUCAUGUACUUUAAUCCCUGUAUUGAACAUAAAGUAAGUCUUAUCACCCCCGGAUGCUGCACCCCAAAGCACAUAAAGACGAGCGACGAAGACAGAGAGCCUCUUGCACGUGAAGAACCCGUCAAGAAUGGACGCGUUCGCACCGGUGGUGGGGAGGUUCAAGAAUCAACCCAUCUUCUAGUCGGAUCGGACGAGGAGCGCUCGCCAAUUCGUCAACAGAUGAAUGGUCACGUGACUACAAACUUUCAAGACCCUUUUGAUGGAGAGGUUGGAAUAGAUACAACCAACAUAGGAAAGAACAACAACGACAAAGGCGUGCAAGUGAGCCCUCAAGGCGAUUUAGAACAGAACGAGAGCAGAGACAAGGAGAGCGAUGAUGACGGUGACGACAACGGAGAGCCAGAUUCUCCCUUCAAACUACCAAGAAAGGGGUGUAGCCGAUACGCCCAUAUGCUCGCUCUUCCUAUAAUCGCCGUCUUCGCUUUAACAAUCCCAGACUGCCGAAAAAAACGAUGGCAGCGAUUCUACGUCUUGACCUUUAUAAUAGCCCUGUUUUGGAUAGGAGUCUUAACCUAUGUCCUCGUUUGGAUGGUCACAGUGUUAGGUGACACGAUUGGUAUACCAGACACAGUAAUGGGUCUCACCCUUCUUGCUGCGGGAGCCAGCACACCUGAUACUAUGCUGAGUAUCAUCGCUGCACGUGGAGGAUACGGUGACAUGGCCAUUUCUCACUCUAUCGGCAGCAAUCUAUUUGACAUUCUCAUCGGUCUCGGUCUUCCCUGGUUUAUCCAAACCGUCAUCAUUGAUCACAGAUCCACCGUCACCGUCUACAGUGGGGCGAUCUCCUAUAUAUCCAUGCUUCUUCUUCUGACGGUCGUAAUCGCCGUGGUGCUUAUUAACGUUUGUAGGUACAGAUUAGGAAAACCACUAGGCGUUCUAUUCAUUAUAUUCUUUGUUAUCUUUAUUAUCGUCUCAAUAAUGUUUGAAUUGAAUCUGAUUAUUCCCGGAUUAACGUUACCAACUUGUCAGUAGGGCUUUUUCGCACCGCGGCGCAAAACGCUUUCAAGAACUUUUAACAAAAAUGUUUCGUCAAAAUAAUGCCCUUCAUGAGAUUGAUCACCCAAGAGGCUUUGUCGAAAAUGUGGGAAUGAUAUGAGCAGUUUCGUUCGGACUCUGGAUGAAUGACAUACUUGCGAUUUUUCGUCAGCUCCUGAACUUGGGACGACAUUUUUUUAGGCGAAGCCUCCUUUGUUGAUCAAUGUCAUAGAGGACAUAUUUGACCCCCAAAAAUUAUAAGUUCUUGAGAGGGUUUUGCAACCCAAAUAUUCAUUGUCAUUUACGGGCAUUUUACGGGCAUUUUCAAUACAUUUACUGUGUUCUGUAAUUCUUCCUGAGUGGUAGUGCAAAAACCCGCUGCAAUUAGUCGGGAACUUCCGAUUUACCAGAUUAUUUCUAUAGAAGGUAACUCAUAGACUAUAAAAGUAAUCGAAUGUGUACGGACCAACGAACGAAACGUGUUCGCAAAGUGUUUAUGCCCUCAACGGUCGCUGGUAAAGACCUUAUUCGCGGUUGGAUAUCUUGCCAACGAAUUCACUUUUUAUGUAUUCCGAAUCAUUAUUCAGACUAAAAAUAGCGUUAGUUGCGUGGACAGGACAAGUAGGCGCUCUGUGGAUAUAACUAAAGUCUAAUGUCUCUUCAUUUUCUACUUCUAGUCCUUCUAGUCUGUUCUAGAUAUACUGGUUCGAAUUCAGCCUGUUGACGCAUGUUGCCGUAUCCACGCUAUUUCAUUCAUGAGUCCACUGUUUAAUGAGUCUACUCUUCAAACAGUGGACUCAUGAAUGAAAUAUACUAG